GGCUAUACCGUGAUCAGUUCAAAAAGGGGGGACUUUUUAUACCCGCACUGUGAGCUGGAAGUAGACAAGCCUUUUCCUCUUUUUUUUUUUUUUUUCUCUUUUCUUCCGAUCCGAAGGAUAAUGGCGCCGAUGAGAGGUAGAGGAAUUGUGGCGAUUUGGGUUCUUCUUGCGUGCGUCUGUGCGAGGCAUCCGAGCUUCGUCGUCGCCGACACCGACUCGAAUGACGCUUCGGCCCUCAACGUCCUGUUCAACAGCUUGAAUUCCAACUCCCAGCUGACAGGCUGGAAACAAAGUGGUGGUGAUCCAUGUGGAGAAUCGUGGAGAGGAAUUACAUGCUCUGGUUCAUCAAUUACUGCAAUCACAUUGUCAGGGUUGGGCCUUACUGGGACACUUGGGUACAACAUGAAUCAACUGUCUUCCCUAACUGAGCUUGACUUGAGCAAGAAUAAUCUUGGAAAUGGAGUCCAGAUACCAUAUACUCUUCCUACAAAUCUCCACAAACUAGACCUCAGCAAUAACCAAUUUGGUCAAACAGUACCUUAUAUAAUCUCACAGAUGACCUCAUUAGAAUAUCUAAAUCUUUCUCACAAUCAUCUUCAAGAUAAUUUGGGUGAAAUGUUUCAAAGCCUCUCUCAUCUAGCAACGAUGGAUUUGUCUUUCAAUUCAUUUUCUGGUGAUCUUCCGCAGAGUUCUAGCAGCUUAACAAGUUUGACGAACCUAUAUUUGCAAAAUAACCAGUUCACUGGUCACAUAGACGUCCUUGCCAAUCUUCCACUUCAGAAUCUGUAUGUUGAGAAUAACCGCUUCACUGGAUGGAUUCCUAACCAAUUAAAAGGGAUAAAAAAUCUUCAGACUGGUAACAACCAGUGGAGCUCUGGUCCAGCACCUCCACCUCCACCUUAUUCUCCUCCUCCGCCAGGUCGAAAAAGUGACCCUGGUCAGCAAUCUGGUCAUGGGGGUAUUGGUGGCGGAGGAAUAGCAGGAAUCAUUAUAUCUAUAUUGGUUGUAGGUGGAAUAGUUGCAUUUUUUGUUAUAAGGAGGAAAUCACGAAACUACUCAGUUGAAGAAAAUCUUAAUCAAGAUCAACCUUUUGCUCAUCUUGCUCCAGAGGAAGUUAAUGACAUGAAGAUGAUGCAGACACCCCCUAGGAUUGAUACAGAAAGGUUGUCGUCGCCUGCUCCAAUAAGCCUUAAGCCUCCUCCACUUGAUCGUUACAGAUCAUCUGAUGAAGAUGACAUCUCGAACAAGUCUAUAGCAAAGAGGGUCAUUACUACCUCUGUAAAAGCAGUUAAUUAUUCUGUAGCUGACCUACAAGUGGCAACAGAUAGCUUCAGUGAAGAUAAUCUUGUUGGUGAAGGUUCUUAUGGCCGCGUGUAUAAGGCUCAAUUUAACAAUGGAAAGGUAUUGGCAGUGAAGAAAUUGAAUCCAAAAUCCCUACCAAUCAGGUCAUUGGAUAACUUUCUUGAGCUUGUUGUAAAUAUCUCACACUUGCAUCAUCCAAAUCUGAGUGAGCUGGUAGGCUACUGUUUUGAGCAUGGGCAGCAAUUGUUGGUGUACGACUUUCACAAGAAUGGUAGUUUAUCUGAUUUCCUUCCACUGUCAGACGAACCAUUGACUUGGAAUGCUCGUGUCAAGAUCGCACUUGGCACUGCAAGAGCACUAGAGUAUCUGCAUGAGGGUUGCUCACCAUCUGUCAUCCAUAAGAAUUUGAAAUCAUCCAAUAUUCUAUUGGACGUGGACCUUAAUCCUCACCUUUCGGAUUGUGGACUUGAAAGCCUUAUCCCCAAUGCAGAUUUUCAGGGAUCUGAAAUAAAAAUGGGAUAUGAUCCGCCAGAGUUGUCCAUGGCUGGCCAGUAUACUCUUAAGAGCGAUGUUUACAGCUUUGGAGUGAUCAUGCUGGAACUCAUGACUGGGAGGAAACCUUUUGACAGCUCAAGGCCAAGGUCGGAGCAAUUGUUGGUGCAAUGGGCAGCUCCUCAGCUCCAUGACAUUGACGCUCUGGAAAGGAUGGUCGAUCCUGCACUCAAGGGGCUAUACCCUUUGAAAUCAGUGUCUCGAUUUGCUGAUGUAAUAGCCCUGUGUGUCCAGUCCGAGCCGGAGUUCAGACCACCCAUGUCGGAGGUGGUGCAAGAUCUGGUUCGCUUGGUGAAGAGGGCAAAGGUGCCAGGAGAUUAGUAUCAGUAAGCUAAUUCAUUGAAUGUUUAGUUGUAAAUCUAUUGGGAUAAUGCAGAUAAAACUAGUGUGCCCUCUGAGAUUAUUUACCUUAAUUCCUAUAGUAAACAAAACAAAUUAUUAAUUUGGUUGGUUAAUAAGUAGAGUACUCUCAGUAAAUUGAGCUGUUCAAGAAUA